AUGCCCCCGCGAACCACAUUAGCCGAGUUUGAGAGCGUCUGGCCGCGCAUCGUGCAAGACCUGCAGCAUCACUGCAAACAAUACAAUCUGCCUCAGCAGUCGCUUGAUUGGUUCACAAAGUCGCUCAACUACAACACCGUGGGUGGGAAAUGCAAUCGUGGCAUGUCCGUCGUCGACACAACCGCCAUCCUCACCGACAAGGCACUGGACCCGGCUUCGGACGACUACUUUGGCCCUGCCCUGCUGGGAUGGCUGAUUGAACUCCUCCAGGCCUUCUUUCUCGUCUCGGACGACAUCAUGGACUCGUCAAAGACCCGCCGUGGCAGCCCCUGCUGGUAUCUUGUGCCCCAGGUCGGCAUGAUUGCCAUCAACGAUGCCUUUAUGCUCGAGGCCUCCAUCUACGUUCUCCUCAAAAAGCACUUUCGCCAACACAAGAGCUACCUGGACCUGCUAGAACUCUUCCACGAAGUCACCUUCCAGACCGAGUGUGGUCAGCUAUGUGACCUCAUCACCGCCCCCGAAGACAACGUCAACCUGGACAACUUCAGCCUGGAAAAGUUCACCUUCAUCGUCAUCUACAAGACUGCCUUCUACUCCUUCUACCUCCCGGUUGCCAUUGCCCUCCACUAUGUCGGCGCCGCUACCCCGAAGAACCUCCAAACCGCACAGGAGAUCCUGAUCCCCAUGGGCGAGUACUUCCAGGCCCAGGAUGAUUACCUGGACGCCUUUGCCGACCCAGACGUGCUCGGCAAGAUCGGCACCGAUAUCCAGGACAACAAGUGUUCCUGGCUGAUCAACCAGGCCCUACGCAAAGUCAACCCCGAGCAAAGGCAGCUCCUCAACGAAAAUUACGGCCAGAAAGACUCGCAAAAAGAGGCCAAGGUCAAGCAGCUGUACCACGAACUGAGGCUCAAGGAAUUCUACGAGCAGUGGGAGGAUGAGCGUGUUGCAGAUCUGAGGGCAAAGAUUGACAAAAUCGAUGAGAAGGAAGGAUUGAAGAAGGAAGUCUUCGACGCCUUCUUGAACAAGAUUUACAAGAGGAACAAGUAG